CUUUUAUAGACUACCUGGUUUGAUCUCACCACCACUAUAUCGUACUUAAAGCUCUAAUGAUGCCUUUGCCACCAAGACCCACCAAAAGAGGAGGCAAUGAAUACAGAUGGCUCUAGGCAGCGCUAAAAAACAAAGCAAAGUUCAUGAUCGCUCUGUAUAUGUACUCUUUAGCUUGAUACAGGCGGUGAAGGAGACAAAUGACGUGAACGCCCGGCUUGUGAAUGAGCUAAACCGGGCCCAACAGGAUUAUGAGAAGAUUAGGGGGGAUGUCAGAGGAGAGCUUCACGAGAUUAGGAAAGAGCUUCAAGGGUUCAAGCAGGCUGUGGGGGUGGUAAUUAGCGGUGGUAAUGCAUCAAAUGUUACAGAAAUCAAGAACAACGUGUUUGACCUCAAGCUUGAUAUGCGCAUGCUUAAGGAAUAUAUGGUGGGUCGCAAAGGCUGUUAGACUUGAACUGGUUAUGUUUUCAACGUGUUGCUAACACAGAGAC